AUGUCUGAAACCUGUCUCAAUAUUCUUCUGAAGAAACUACUAUGGGCUUCAUUCUGCGUUAAUUACAGGUAUUUUAUAAUGGACAUCAUGGACGACUCAGAAAAUAAUGCCAAAGUAUCGGAUUCAGCGUACUCAAACAGCUGCAGCAAUAGUCAAUCUAGACGGAGUUCGAAGUCAACACACUCGGGAAGUAAUUCAAGCGGAAGUAGUGGUUAUGGUGGAAAACCCAACACUUCGGGAUACAGUAACAACGUAAACCAGCCGCCUAAGAAAAGGUUAAAAGGGGAUGCAAAAAAGAAGAAAUUUGUACAAACGGAGAUAAUAUCAACUGAGGUGCAUAAGGGUGUCAAAACCGAAUUGUUGGAGCCAGUGCCGAUUUUCAAAUCGCCAAGAGAAGACGCCAAUGAUGUUGCCCCGAUACCAUCGCAGGCGCUCGCUUCUCCCGAAAAGGAUGCCGAGGGAAUGGACAUUGCUGCACCGGAAAAUAGCAGCAUAAAGGACGACGACGUCGCGUUUGUUGGACCCGCGGCUGUAUCUCCCAUCAAUGUAUUGAGCUACUAUACCAGUCGGCCACCACCAUCUUGUCCUAAUGGAUUCUCUUGCGUGAUUUCUAUGCAUAAUGGUGUGGUCUUGUACACGACUUCGUCGGUCACUACCACCCUCGGAUUUCCUAAGGACAUGUGGAUCGGAAAAACUUUCAUCGACUUUGUUCAUCCAAGGGAUCGCAAUGCGUUCGCCUCGCAGAUAACGAACAGCUUAGCCUUACCGAAAAACGAAAAUGGUACGCAAGAAAAAGUAAGCCCACAUGAAAAUUCAGUGGCUUCAAUGGUAUGCAGAAUAAGGCGCUGCGAGGAUCUAAAUUUAGGGUUCGGCAUAAAAAGUAUUGUAACCUUCAUGCCUUUUUUGCUGAAAUUAUCUUUUAAGAAUGUAAGCAACGACGAAGGCGUGGUGACAUACCUCGUAAUACAAGCUACGCCAUUCUUCUCAGCUUUCAGAACACCCAACGAAGUUGUUUCGAAUCCGGUACCAUUCAUCAUUCGACAUGCAGCUAACGGAAACCUAGAGUAUUUGGACCUUGAAUCUGUGCCAUAUUUAGGCUAUCUACCCCAGGAUGUUACUGACAAGAACGCUUUACUUUUGUAUCAUCCAAACGAUUUGGUUUAUUUGAGACAAGUGUACGGGACCAUCGUAAAAGAUGGUGGUUCACCCCGUACCAAACCAUACAGGAUGAUGGCUCAAAACGGUGAUUUUAUAAAGCUAGAAACUGAAUGGUCUUCGUUCAUAAACCCGUGGUCAAAGAAACUUGAAUUCGUCAUUGGAAAACAUCAUGUUAUUGAGGGUCCUACAAAUCCAGAUGUCCUCCAAUCACCGGAGCCGAAAAAGGGCUUGAAACUUUCUGAAGAAGAAAAGAAAGCGGCACAAUUACUCAGAGAGAGUAUCAUUAAAGUAUUAAAUGAGGUAUUCACCAAGCCUGCAGAGACAGCAAAACAACGGAUGUCUAAGAGAUGCCAAGAUCUGGCGUAUUUCAUGGAGAGUCUUUUGAAAGAUAAACCAAAGACAGAUGACGUGUUGUUUAUAGAUGUUCAGGAGCCAGACCACAGUGUUUACGAACGGGACUCGGUGAUGCUAGGCGGUAUAUCGCCAAAUCAUGAAUAUUAUGACAGUAAAUCCAGCACCGGAACACCAGUCAGCUAUAACCAAUUAAAUUACAAUAAAAAUAUGCAAAGGUAUUUCGAAAGCUAUCCGCUAUAUUCCUUUGAAGACCAUAACACAGCAAUAGGUGGAAACAUCCGAGGGUUAAAAGAUCCUAAAAAUAUUUCCAAUGAUCGCAAUUCGCCGUCGGCACGGACGUGCGACUCUAGUGAUAUCGACUCCAACCCAUUAAUAAUGGGAGGGGUUAGUUCAUUGCCACCUGUGGGGGAUUAUCAAACUGUUCGACUUACAGAGUCCCUUUUAUCAAAACAUAAUACAAAAAUGGAGAAAGAACUAGCUAAGAUGCAUCGUGAAAGUCGCUCGAGUAGUAAAGGAGAGAAAGAUAAGGCUUCAUAUGAGAAUAGACGGAAAAAUAAAGAACAUCUUGCGAGAUGCAAUGCUUCAUUUCAGCCUACAUCAGCUGGUAUAAAUAUGAGCGGCUCUAAAUCACACGGCGUUAAAAGAGGUACUAAGCAAUCUGACCAUGAACCUGGACUUCAUAAGCAUCAUUGCUCCUCUCCCUGCCAGUCGCGUCCGACUGAUCCAACUAGUACACCCAUUUCACAAGCAUUACCAUCUUUAUCAACUGCAAUAGCUUCAUCUCCAUGUCCAUCAAACCCCAUCAAUAAUAUGAACACAUUCAUCUUGGGCGUUGGGACACCACAACAAUUGUCAAUUGUGAACCCAGUAGCCGCUAUGCCAGGUGUUAUCUCCAACAUAGUUUGUGAGCGUUUCAAAAUUUACGAAUAA